AAUCAUCACUUUAUCCAAUCCAUUCAUUCAAAACUUGAGAUUUCAAACUUCAAACACCAUAAUGUUUGACAUGGAGCCAAUUGGGAAGCCAUUAAUGAUGAACAUCAACGACUUCGAGCUCCAAGAUUUCAUUCACGGCGACAACUUUGAUCAAUACGUGAAUCUCAUUCGUGGGGAGCCCGAAAAUCCAACAUUCAACUUUGAUCUUGAAUACAUGCUAGAUUCCAAUAUUGUCAUGAAUUCUGAUCCCAAUUCUCUGUUCGGUUCAUUGGAGAGUUUCAACAGUAUUAUGAGAGAAGUUGAAGAUGAAGACGAAGACGAUACUUCUGUGGAGAAUUCUUCCAUCACAACAACAACAAAGAAGCCAAAAGUUGACAGAUCAAGAACUUUGAUUUCUGAAAGAAGGAGGAGGGGAAGAAUGAAGGAAAAACUUUAUGCAUUACGCUCAUUGGUUCCAAAUAUAACCAAGAUGGAUAAGGCUUCCAUUGUUGGAGAUGCAGUGUUGUAUGUGAAAGAGCUUCAAAUGCAGGCCAAGAAGCUCAAAGCUGAGAUAUCAGUUUUGGAAUCCUCCAUUAAUGAGAUACAAACACACCAUCGACCAACUGAUCAAAGCCACAGAAAGAUUCAAACUUCACGCUCUGACCAGUUCCUCCCCAACAAGAUAAUUCAGCUGGAUGUGUUUCAAGUGGAGGAAAGAGGGUUUUAUUUGAGGAUGGUGUGCAAGAUGGGUGAAGGAGUAGCCAUGUCCCUUUACAAGGUUCUUGAAUCUCUUACCAGUUUCAAUAUCCAAAGCUCCAACUUGGCCUCUGCCUCUGACAGAUUCAUCCUCACUGCUACAAUCAAUGUGAGAGAUUGUGAGGUGGACAUGAACUUGCCAAAUAUGAAGCUUUGGCUUACUGGGGCACUUCUUAACCAUGGAUUUGAGUUCUAAUCACAUCCUAAUCUCUCUCAGUUUAACCCUUUAAAACCAAUACAGAGAUUGUAAGUGUUUUAAUGGGCAACUCUAUACUGGAAGAUGACUACAAGCCCAUUUGAAGAAUAAUACUUGAGUGUUUACCAAUCGUAUUCCUUUCUUUUUUACUACUAUUAAAAU